AUGGGGGACUGCGAAGGUAACGAACGUAUUGAUCUUUUUUGAGUCAACCACUCUAUAAGCUGGAGUCCGCUUCCUGAUUUUCCUUCAUACCGCUUGUGGUGCUUCUAUCCAUUUUCUUUUGAACACAACGUACAUGAUUUUGAGCUCAACCAUGUUAACGUUAGAGGUCACCAGAUGUGUCAUGUCUUUCCUGGAAUAACACUAUUUAUAACUACUUAUUGUUGUUCUGCCCGUCAUGUCUCAACUGCGAAGGAAAGAGCUCGUGGCCGGAGCUAGUCGGCUACACGGGGAUUCAUGCUGCUGCGAUAAUCGAGAACCAGAACCAUCUCGUCGAUGCAAUAAUCGUCAAGGAAGGAUCGAGCGUUCCUUUAGACUACCGCUGCAACAGGGUGUGGGUUUGGGUGAACAAGCUAGGCAUUGUCUUCAAAACCCCGAUCAUCGGCUAG